UUACUUCAAGUACUGCAAGAUCUCGGCGCUGGCGCUCCUGAAGAUGGUGAUGCACGCUAGGUCAGGGGGCAACCUGGAGGUGAUGGGGCUCAUGCUGGGCAAGGUGGACGGGGAAACCAUGAUCAUUAUGGACAGCUUCGCCCUGCCGGUGGAGGGCACCGAGACUCGCGUCAACGCUCAGGCAGCCGCCUACGAGUAUAUGGCUGCAUACAUUGAAAACGCAAAGCAGGUUGGUCGUCUAGAAAAUGCAAUUGGUUGGUAUCACAGUCACCCUGGCUAUGGCUGCUGGCUCUCCGGGAUCGACGUCAGUACCCAGAUGCUUAAUCAGCAAUUUCAAGAACCCUUUGUAGCAGUGGUUAUUGAUCCAACGAGAACAAUAUCUGCAGGAAAAGUAAAUCUUGGAGCAUUUAGGACAUAUCCUAAGGGCUAUAAACCUCCAGAUGAAGGUCCCUCUGAAUACCAGACUAUUCCGCUUAAUAAAAUAGAAGACUUUGGAGUACACUGUAAACAGUAUUAUGCUUUAGAAGUCUCGUACUUUAAAUCAUCUUUGGAUCGUAAAUUGCUUGAGCUUUUGUGGAACAAGUACUGGGUGAACACUCUCAGUUCUUCUAGUUUGCUUACUAAUGCUGAUUAUACCACUGGCCAAGUCUUUGAUUUGUCUGAAAAAUUAGAACAGUCAGAAGCUCAGCUUGGAAGGGGCAGUUUCAUGCUGGGUUUAGAGACUCAUGAUAAGAAAUCAGAAGACAAACUUGCAAAAGCAACAAGAGACAGCUGCAAGACCACCAUAGAAGCUAUACAUGGAUUGAUGUCUCAGGUUAUUAAGGAUAAACUUUUUAAUCAAAUUAAUAUAGCUUGAAGAGCAUCACCAGCUGAUAUGCAUCUCCAAAACAGAAAAAAGUCAUGGUUUCUUUUGCUUGGACUUGUUCAAUUUGGGAAAUGAAUCUAGAGUGGAAAAUUAUUCAUUUAAUUUGUAGUACUUUAAUAUUUCCCACCUGUCUGACCGGUUUUAAAGAACAAAAUGUUCUGAAAUGUAGUGCAACUUUUUGUUCUUUAUCAUAAAACACAACCAGUUUGGAGAAUUGUUCCAAAAGAAAAAUAAAUGUGACUUACUGGAUUUUGCUCUUAGGUAUUUAUCUCUAUUAUCCAACUGCAAUAAAACAAUUUUGAAA